UACACUUCAUGUAGGCUAGGAACAUUUCAGCUGCCGUGGCCCGACCGCUUCUGCUCCACAUAAACUUUGUGCGUGAUCAAAUGUCUCUACAGGUGCUUUCUGAGCUGAAGAGCUAUUCUGCCUCAGACUGGAUGCGUAAUGCGUCUCCAUAUUAGAGACGGGAACAAGCGCUGUUCAGCCAAAGUUUCAUAAUUUCAUAAAAAGAAAAUUUUUCCAAGUGGCACAUCCCUCAGAGAGACCGGGUUUCCAGACCGCCUCAGUGGGAGGAAAUCAUCGCAUGCACCGUGGUUCUGCACUGCGCUGCGAACCCCUCAGAUCUUCAGCUCACUGUCCACUGUGGGCGCUCCGAGCCACGCUGAACACAGUGUCCAGUAUAGAGCUCUAAUGUUCUGAUGGGAAUCAAGUUACCUCUGCGAUGUGCUUAACGAUUAAAAUGUCAGCUCAUCCAUGCGCAUCAGUGUGCGUUGGGGUAAUUCUUUCAAAACAACCAACAUCCUUGAGUUUAUCCGUCAAUAUGUGGCAAGGUGGAGAAACGAGAGCCCGGGCGGGAUUUGAUCCCCAGACUCCCGGGUGAGAGUCAUACGCUCUAACCAGUCAGCCAAAGGGACAACCCCUUGGCCAAGUAGCCAGGGCGCAUUAUCUAUCGGGACACUGUGACAGGACACUCACACUGCCACACCUGAUUAUGAAACUUUGGCUGAAUAGCGCUUGUUCCUGUCUCCAAUGUGGCGACGCAUCCAGGAGCCUGUCUGAGGAGAAGCCCAGAAUCUGACAUCCUCCAGCUCAGGAAGCGCCUUUAUGAUUACGCACAAGCGUGACGCGUCAACCCGGUCUCACAGUAAGACCGGGUUGGACCUGUUCAGGUUUACGCAGACAAUCUUUACAUUUAGAAUUGGCAUACAGGUGUAAAAUUAAUGCAGUAAAAUAUUAAGCUUUUUAUUUAAAUAUCCAUUCAUUAUUUUACAAGCACAGAGAGCCGCAUCAGAUGGAUGGAAGAGCCGCAUGCGGCUCCAGAGCCGCCGACCCCUGUGCUAGCCUACUUUAUUGUCCCCAGCAAUUUUUAAACCCCACUCAAGUGUAUGGUUAUUGUCCCCAGCUAUUCUGAAAACAAACUGACGCCCUUGCCUACAUGAAGUGAAACUGUUUAAUUGUAACAUUAAGAUGUUACUGGACACGCUGGUCUGGUUGGUUAGACCAGUGUUUGAAGUGGAAAACACACACACACACACACACACACACACACACACACACACACACACACACACACACACACACACACACACACACACACACACACACACACACACACACACACCAAUUAAAAUAAUGCUGACAGCGUGGACUAGAAGACAGGUGAUGGUUUACGUAUUUAAAUGAUGAUCAGGCUGCUGUAAAAUGUAAUCUCCAUUCAAAUCCGGACAGAAUUAUACUCUAUUCUAUUUUCUCUGCUCUUGUCUGGGCUGAUGUAGCUGACGGUGCGGGUGGGGCGCCUAGCGGCUGCGUUGCACAUUUUACGCAUUUGGAGAGGUGGGCUGGAUGCUUUGCUUUUACUGGAAGAUGUUUUUUUUUCCAAAAAUGUCGGAGAUUUUGCCCCAUGAAUAACCGUAAAAACUACUGGUGUGCAUGUACCCUUACGAAAGAGUCCUACGUUGAGAGGUAAAUAUUAGAAGUGCAGCUAAUGCAUUCUGGUGCUGGUCCACUGAACGCACGGGUGUAGACUAAAUAUUAAUGAAAAAUGAAUGAAAAUUAAUUUGGGAGUUUUUACUUCAUAUUUUAGAAAUAAAAAUGGCGGGGGAACACAUUUAUGAUGUCUUUUUAAACGAAAUUUUCUAGCGCAACCUGUCUGCUUCUUAUUAAGGCCCGUCCAAAAUUACCGUGGCCCACCCAAAAAUGAAAACCUGGCGCCGCGCCUGUUACAAACCUCUGCAAAUUGUUGUUCUUCACUUUAUCAGACUCAGACUUUGUACAGCUAAUGUCAAGAUGUAAAAUUAUGAAUUCAGUCGAGCUCUUCCCUCCCUCCCUCUCUUGUUUCUCCUUGAAACCCGACAUCGGCUGUCAGAAGAGGGAGGUGAAGAAGGAGAUGAGGCAAACAGAGUGAGUGCGACGUAGAGAAACCAGACUGGUGUGGAGGUGAGCAAAACGGCUGGAAAAGUGUGGGAGUUGAACGAUCUCAAUAAGAAAAGUGUGGUCGUUGAAUCCCCCACAUCCCCCACGGGUGCGACGCCCAUGGAAUAAAUGCCAGUUAAAGGAUUACGUAAGUGUUGUUUAUGUGCAUGUUGUUCAGUAGCUAAUGCUAUAAUUAACAUUAUCUGUUUUUAUUUUUUGUAAGCUGCGUGAUGCGCGUUUGGGGUGCACAGGCGCUGGUUUAGCGUGAGAGAUUGGAGGUGUGGCGUGAGAGCGUCUGAAGAGGGUCAAAUGCGUGUCUCACGCUCAGUGCGUGAGAGUUGGCAGCAUUGUUAUUCUCAACUCAACUCCUAACUGCUAUAUCUCCUUGACAACUGGUCUUCACAAUAAAAGCAUGUACCUCCGUUUUCUUUGGUAGUAGAAUAUGCCCUUCUCGUGUGAGAUUAAGACAUCAACCAAACACCACAUUAGCUUCAUUUUUAAAAUUCUGGGCUUUUUUAAUGUUUCAUAUCUUACUUCCCUUUUUUCCGUGUUAUUAGUGUCAGCGAGUGUUUUGCUGAGCGCAGAACAAGAAUUUAGUUGUUUGUUUGGGCUGUGAUGAUUUAGCCCUUUUGGAAAGAUGAUCUGGUUUUCUUGCUGCUGUUGGACACCAAUUUGGUUAGAAAUGUCAAAAAAUGCGAUACAGUAUGUUUAAUUUUUUACAUGGUCAGGAGGUGUGGUGGUGCUUUGCUAAAAGGGUAAAAAUUCUCUUGAAAUACUUUAUAGUUAAAGCUGUUAUAAACCGAGGGAAAAUGGCUGCAAGUUCAGCAAACUUGAAAUCUUUCCUUCAAGAGGAAAGAACCACCAUAAAUCUGGUCAUGUGGUAAGUAGCAGCUACGUUACGGGGUAGGAGAUAAAUCUCAAAGUACAUGACAUGCGUGGUCGAAACACACAUCAUUGGUUUCAAUUUAAAUUGCAGUACAACAUAUGUGCAAUCCAGGGCGUCAGGCAAAGCGGAUUAGAAAAAUGCGUUUUUAGCCCCGUUGACUUGCAUUCAUUUUUUUCGUUCUUCUGGGGACCCAUGAGCCGACCAGAAGGGGAGGAGACUUAGGCUCCUUAACUUCCCUGAUACGCUUCUGCUGUAACCAGAAACCCGCAAUGCCAGAGGAAACGAGAUGUGGCUAAACACCAGUCAGCGUUUUCUAGAUCCAAAUGGUUUUUGUUGUUUUGGGACUCUGGUAGUUUGUCCUAAAGCUGAAGUGGUAGCAGCCGGCUGUUUCUUCCUUCUCUGGUGUUAUUGAGUGGAGAACCUCUCACACCAAUGGCGCUCUGGUGCUGAAUACGUGAGUGUGUGAUGAGUCGAGGACCAGGGAAGUGUGGCAGUUCGGUGAGACCGACAACCAGAUGGUCCAAUGGUUGGUUUUAGUCUGAAACGUGUUGUUGAUGGAGGUUUUUAGACAAAUGUGAGAGAACCACUUUAUCAACUAUUUUCGUUUCCUUUUUUAGCUCUACAGUAUAUUUAUAACUAUACAAUGUUAGAAUGUUAAGAGACAUAAAAAAAUGUUUUCCAAAUUUAGCAUUGCAGCUUUAAAAUCGGUAACAGGGCAGUUAUGUACUGGACAGAGGCUCUGCAAUCGGUUGGGUCCUGGUGGAGGUUUGUUGUUUUUAUUUAAUUUAUCUUUUAGCCUUCUAUGCCAUACCAUUCUUUAUUUAUAGAAUGCUUUAAAAUCAGUACAAGGCCAACUAAAGCGUGGUAGAACUAUAAAAUCAAAACGGUGCAAUCAAUAGAGGCAAUAAAAUGUGUAAAAACAAAUGUCACUGCUGGCUGCCUUUGGUUGUUCAAUGUGUUGGUUUAUUAACUUAUUAACUGCCGGCCGUUUCCUGAUCGGAAAAGCCUCUCGCUGCCAGCAUUUUAUGGGCGUUUUUACUGUUUUUGAAGAGUCGCAGACCAUUGUUCUCUAUGAUGAUGUCGACGCCAAAACUACCAAAACAAAGCGGAGAAGAAGCGGAUCAGGAAAAAUCUGUGUAUUUCGAGCGUUAUCCGUUUUUUUCAUAAUCCGUUGUUGAAUUGUGAUCGGCAGAAGCUUUUCUCGUUCGCGCCUCACUUUUUUUCACAGCACCGGCCCAAAACGAUCUCCUAACACAUGGAUGUUCUGCUUCCUGAUUAUGUGACGGACAUGGAUGAAGAUCGGCUUUAGAGCUGGGAUGUUUGUUCUCAUGGUGCGGGGGCUCGUUCCGACGCUUGACCAGUAAAAAAAAACUAAAGCAAAUGACAACUUUAGUCCUCAAUGGCAGCGAGCGGUUGUAUUUAAAAUGACUUGUCGUCAGUGGCAGUAAAUGAGUUAGACUAAAUGUUACGCAAAACUCACCCUUUGCAUCUUUCUGCUGCCAUGCGGGUUGCUAUUGCGUUUAGAAACAACCCAAACCCAAAAACAUUCUGUUUUUGGCAGUUUUUGGCAUCAGGAAUCAUCUGCUUCUAUGAACCAUUUCAAAAAGUCCCUUUAUUGUAGCGUCACAAUAAGAAAAAUUAGCAUGUGAGUUCCUGAAAAAGCUGUAGGAGCAAGCAACUAAAUGUUACAGGAUCCGGAUUUAUAUGUGAACACUGCCCCGCCCGUACCAGACCGAACUCACGCCAUCCAGCCCCACUAAACCCUGACCGGCUAAUGUGUAAGCGCCUAUAGACCCUUUUACUGUUUGUAAACAAUAUGACGUCAGCGAGAAUGCGCGCAGCUUGGCAACAGAGAAUGGCGUUGUCAGGCUUUAUCAAGCUACGCAGCAGGGUUAUCACCGGCAAAUCUUGAAUGUUAUAUUAUUAAACUCACUUUAACGAAUGGCAACAGACUCCCGGAUCCCUGUGGCAUUACGGAAUGGGUGGAAGAUGUAGGUGCGUGGCCAGAUAUCUAGUGGCCUGAUAUAUAUACGUUUUUAGCGGAGAGGCCCAGUAAGUACACACGUGAGAAGCUACGGGCAUACAAAUCGUUAGAUGCAUACAACUAUGUUGUCUGUGGCCACGUACAGAAAGUAAAAUAUCACCACAUAGACUCUGAGUUUUGCGUCUUGAAGGCAGAAGUCCUUCCUAGCCAAAGACAAGGACACAAGACUGCUACGUACAAGGCUUGGGUCAGAGUAAACAAACCAGAGAACUACGUCUUCACAGCCAACUGUGCCUGCAUGGCAGGCAGGAAGCUGGUUUAGAUUAAUCGUGCUGAGAUAAAGUUUGUUCUGGUGAAUCUACAGAAGAGCAACGACACUUUCAUGUUUUAAACAGGUGUGUUUUAGACUCUCCAUGAUGAGUCGCCCACAGAGCUCCACAGAAGGUGAAGCUGCUGCCUCUCAGCAUGAAAAACCAAACAGGAAGUCAAAUCUGCUUCUCUGGGCUCUGCUGGCUGCUGCUCUCAUCAUUAUCUACAGACUCGCUUUUGAUAAAAUUAGAACCAACAAAACUCUCCAAACCCUGAAGGAGGACAAUAAGGUUCUACAGGAGGACAAUAAGGUUCUAAGUGAGGACAUUGAAGCUCUGAGAAAACACAUCUCAGAUCACGUUUGUCUGAAGUCGGACAGAAACUGGGAGAAACAUGGAGACAAGUGUUAUUAUUUCAGUGACCGUUACUUAUCCUGGAAUGAGAGCAGAGGUUUCUGUGAGGAUCUGGGAGCACACCUGGUGAAGAUCGACAGCAGAGAGGAGCAGGAGUUCCUGGUGGAGAAAGUGAAAAACUUUGUGAUGGGUGAUUGGGAAGGUUUGUGGAUCGGACUGACGGACUCAGAGGUAGAAGGCAUCUGGACCUGGGUGGACGGAUCUCCACUGGACAGCAGAAUGAAGUUUUGGUUAAAAGGACAGCCCGAUAACUUUAAAGCAUCCAGUGCAUCUGGAGAGGACUGUGUGACGAUUCUGAAAGGAGGAGCUGAAGAUCUGAACACCUGGAAUGAUGACGUCUGUCGCUUUGCUCGUAAAAGUAUCUGUGAGAAACCAGCAGGAACUGGACCGAGUUCAUCUGUUUGUGGCUGAAGUUCAGUUCAGUCUCUGGAACAACCUGAGUGCAGGAUCCAGGAGGAGCAGAGAUGAUGUUUGUAGAAAGUUCAUCUCACAAACAGCUGAAGCUUCAUUUUAAAUGUGUGGAAGAGAAAAAUGUUAUAUUUUCUCACAUUUUCUUUUUUUAGCUAAAAAGCAGAAUCCAGUAAAUUACAAAAAUCUU